ACCUAAUCGUUUGAACGACACAAUGGCGCCUCCGAAACCAGUUGCGGUUCCCUCGUGGAUGACAGAGAACUUUUUUGUGGAACCGAUCGCGGCCAGAUUCGGCUUACUGGCUGAUGAGUUCAACAUCGAGGCUCUAGACGUUAAACUGGCCACCGAGGCCGGAGACAAUUUCGUAUCGAUUAUGUAUCGUGUCGGGGUUUCAGUGCAAGUCGCCAGCGACACUCCCGGAGAGCGACGUGCUGUGUCGUUGAUCGUGAAAGCUUUGCCAAAUAUGGGAUUGUCGGAAGAGAUGAUCACCGCGAUGAACGUGUUCCCGAAGGAGAUCGCUGUGUACACAGAUAUUUUGCCUGCCUUCGAACGACUCUACCGGGACGCGGGUGUCGUGGUGGCAUUUGGUCCAAGGUGUGUAAAGCACUGUGCCCAGCCGACGGACAUUAUUGUCAUGGAAGAUCUGAAGGAUCACGAUUUCCGCAUGGCGAACCGGCGCAAUGGUCUUGACAUGGACCACUGCCAGACGCUGUUACGGCGCUUGGCUCAGUUUCACGCGGCAUCUGCAGUGUAUUACGAACGGAACGGUCCCUACGAUAAGAAGUUUGCGGAAGGCGUGUACAGCGAAAAGAACCGCAACAUGUUCGAACAGUUUCAAAGACAGCACGAUGCCUUCAUGCAGAAAAUAAUGCGCGAGUGGCCCAACAAUGGCAACUUCUACGCGGACCUCAUGAAACACUGGGGAAUGGACAUGUUUGAUGCACUUCUGCGCAUCAUAAAACCGGAUCCCGAU